CGACGUCGUCUUGGCCAAUUGUCUGACUGAGCCUUCGAUAGGGUUUAUUCUCCACAGAUGCCCUCGGAGAAAAAUUGAAAUCAAUUUCCGCAUUCGACAUGGCUUGGAGACAGAUCCUGUGGUGGAGUGGAAGAUUAUCCUCCGCCUCAGCACAUUCAAUUUCUGUGCCUGGUGUUGCAAAGUAUUCCUCCAAAUCCAGCCAUUAUAUCGUGAAAGUUGGUAUACCGGAGUUCUUGAAUGGAAUUGGGAAGGGAUUGGAGAAUCAUGUGGAAAAACUUGAAUCUGAGAUUGGGGACCUGCACAAGCUUCUCGUCACUCGAACCAUCAAGCUCAAGAGACUAGGAAUCCCUUGCAAGGAUAGAAAGCUGAUACUGAAGUAUGCCCACAAGUACCGGCUUGGGUUGUGGAGGCCAAGAGCUGAGCCUCUAAAAUCUUGAUGGGUGGGCAAUGUUUGGAUGUGGUGAGUUAGAUUCUGUUAGGAAGUGUUUGGUGUUUGUAAAAUUGUAUUGGAAAGUGCCAUUUGUUUGCAAACGAGCAAACCUGGGAUUUGAUUUUGGUUCUUUGUUGCUGUCUCAGUCUAGUAUCAUUUCUGAAUGAUUAAUAAUUCCAAAGGGCUUUAACCUUUUCAAACAUCUUUUACUUUUUAUUUUUGGCUCUGCAUUGUGUCUAAUAUCUAAGCUCAAUCGCGUUAUUAAUGGAUAUUAAAAAUUUUAUAAA